ACAAACCUGGCCUUGAAAGAGGGAGGAAAGGAGCGCUCUGCACAUGCUCCAAGGAAGUGUGGUCUGCGUCGCCAGGCAAUAGUCGCCUCGCAGCUGCUGUGUCACCAUGGCAACCGAGAAAGAAAGCGGCGCGCGAAAAGCCCGUUCAGCCCAGCACCUUCCCAUCAGCUUCGGAGCAACCAGCCAAUCAGAGGCGCGGGAGAGUGAGUUGGACCAAUGGAAACUCGGCGGGAGGAGGCAAAGCGCGCAAGCGCAGAUUGAAAGAGAGAAGGGACUACAUUUCCCAGCACACCCCACUCCCCACCCAGCGGAGUCCAAGGCCCGAGCCGCACUCGCGUAGCGCCGGCGAGGAAGGGCUGAGGUAGGUCCUUGCCUGGCAGCAAUAGGCUUUUGUGCCGGAGAGAAGCAGGAUGGCUUCUGGGGGCUCCAGUUCCCUGCACACCAUUCACGGUGCCCUGCAGGAGUGUUUCUGUGCUCUCCAGCAGCAACACGAGGCUUGGAAGAGAGUGCUAGCUGCCUGCACACCUCUUCUCAGUUCCUUGGCCAACCUGGCUGAGCAGAUGCAGGCCUCCCAGAAGGUCUCCUUUGCCAACACCCCCCUGCGAGACUUCCCAGAUCUGCCAGAGAGGCUGAGGCACAAGCAGCAAUGUGCCAUGGAGGCUUUGCUGGAGGUGCUGCAGCAGGACCACCUAAUGGAGCUCCAGAAAGUGAGGGAUACUGUUGGGGUCCGUGUGGACAGUGUUUUCCGGCUCUGUGAGCAGCCAAGAGAUGGCCUAAGCCUGGAGACAACCUUCCAGCGUUCUGCAUCGUGCCCCUCAUUGGCGGACAUGCUGGAGUGGCUUCUGGAUGUUGAAGAAUUUUACCACCGUGUAUACUUGGGGCUCAAGUUUCUCCUCCUUCAGGUCAGCUACACGAACCUGAUGGAGAUGCAAGCUCUUCCAAAGGCCUGGGAGCAGGUGCUACAGCAGGGCCUCCAAAACACAGCAGAAGAGCCCUCUUCUGGUCUGUCUCUCAGAAGUGUUGCUGAAGGUCUCCUACUUUCUGGAAGCUGUGUGAGGACAUGGAACUUGCUCAUCUUCCCAAGAGAGGCCAGCUUUCCCAGGACAGCUCACCACCAUGUGAAGAGGCCCAGACCUUAAAUACGGCUGCUUUUUGUUCGGAUGGAGCUUCCCAGCCCCGCAAUCAGAAGAUGCACAAUUCCAGAUCCUGCUCUGUGUGAAGACCUGGGCUGGUGCUGGCCCUCAGAUUUGAAAUGAGGUGUAUGUGAACCAGUAGCUGGGGAUCGUUCCUUAUUGAGCCACAUGCCACCAUUUCUGGUAGGCGUCUCUGUAAAUUAAACUUGAUGUUGCACCCUUGGAGUGCAAAAUGUCCCUUUUCCUGUUGUGCCUGUAGCUGUCCAGAGUGGAGCAGCUGCAAGAAGCAUAGCCUGGGUGAGGGUCUGUGGGGUAGUUUCUCCAGAAGAUCAGCCAGGUGCCCCUUUUUCCAGGAAUAGAUUCACGUAGCCUGGCUGAAUUUGUAUUUAGCCACAACAAAGAGGCAACAUUUCUACAUACUCUAAUGACAGUUGGUCAUGGCACCAAACAGAGGAGAAGUAAUGUGCAUCAUUUAAGUGGUGCUCAGAAAUGGGUCUAAAAUGUAAGUGUUGGUGAACUGAUUUGGAACAGUGACCACAGUGCUAUCAAAUUCAACAGAUGGGGAAGAAUGUCUAAGAUAGAAGGAAUUGGAAGGUCAAUAUAGCAAUGCUGUUAUAAAAAUCUAUGGGGCAACUGCACCAUAUGCAGAAAUGCAGAAAUGGAAAAGGUUCAGAAAAAGGCUACCAUAAUGAUCAAGGGGAUGUAACAGCGGCCCUAUGAGGAACAGUUACAAUAUUUGGGGCAUUUUAGUUUGGAAAAAAGGCAACUAAGGGGUCUGGGGGAACUUGGGACCAUCCAACAAAGCUGAAUGUUGGAAGAUUCAGGAUGGAAAAAGAAAGUACUUCACACAGCAUAUAGUUAAACUAUGGAAUUCAUUGCCAUAAGAUGUAGUAAUGGCCACCAAAUUGGAUAGCUGUAAAAGAGAAUUAGACAAUCCAUGUCUCCUAGCCAUGAUGGUUAUGUUUUACCUCUACUGUCAGACGCACUAUUGCUCUGAAUACCAGUUGCUAGAAUCACAAGUGGGAAGGGUGCUAUUGCAUGCAGGUCCUGCUUUGGCGCUUCCUGUGGGCAUCUGGUUGGUCACUGUGAGAACAGGAUGCUGGACUGAAUGAACUCCCUUUGGAGUUUCAGGAAUUGCCUUGCAGUUGUUAGGAGUGAAGAUGAAAAGGGUUGUGCCUUAUCCCUCCCACAGCUUUCCCCCACUUUUGGUGGAAGUGCCGUUCCCCUCGAGAAGCAGGCUUGAGCAGUCAGCUACUGUAAAUUAGUUUUGUACGUAUUACUUCAGUGGUACUGUUAAAUUGCAAAGUAUCCUGUCCCAACAGUCCUGUGAAGAAGGUUGGUAAUAUUCCCAUUUCUAUACUGUGGCAUCACUGUAUCUAUGGAAGGAAACUAUUCAGUUUUUAAAGUGUUUGUGACUGUAUAACAAAAUGUGAUUGAGUUCUUACUGCUUCCCUGCAUGCUGUGUGUCCACUUGAGGGCGCUUGCAGACCUUCCUACAGAGGGAGCGGCUAGGGCGAAGCAAAACUCUUUGCCUCUCUUAUUUGGCAUAUUAGGUGAGUGGUCGUUCCUCAUUUCAUACUCUGGUAUUUUAAACAGCCCUGCUGCACACCUGUUAGAGGAAGAUACCACCUCUGUGCAACGGGAAAAAUCACCUGUCUUCAAAUAUAAUUGGUUUAUUUUAUUAUUUAUAACACUUUAUUGUGAGAUGUCUUGAAAGCUGGGAUGAAAGUCAUUACAAUAGCAUUUUAAACUCACCCUGGUUUUAUUCUACCUCCUCUGUGCUUGUUUCUCUUUUUGCAUUUCUUAAAAGGCUCCUAAAAACUUCUUAAAAUUAAAUAGUCCAGUGCUUUUAGCUCCUGGUCCUCCUUUACU